AUGAAGUUUUCUUCCGUGCUCGUCGCCGCUGUUGGUGUCGCCGCUGUCUCAGCACAGCCCGCUUGGACGCCCGGCCAAGUGACCAUCCAGGACGACUUCAAGGUUCCUGGAGACAACCCGCUGAACUUCUGCGCCGACCCGAAAGACGAUUUGCUCGAGAUCGAGAAUGUGGACUUGAGCCCAAAUCCUCCUCAACCAGGAUCAACUCUUACGAUCAAGGCCAAGGGCAACUUCAAAGAGAAGAUUGAGGGUGGCACAAUGCAUCUUCAGGUCAAGUACGGCUUGAUCACCUUGAUCAAUCAGGAUGCCGAUCUGUGUGAGACAAUUGGCAAGGCGGACUUGAAAUGCCCGCUCGACAAGGGCGAAAUGAAGUUGACCAAGGAUGUGGACCUUCCCGCCCAAAUUCCUCCGGGCACAUACACCGUCCUUGCUGAUGUCUACGAUAACGAUAAGAAGAAAAUCACCUGCUUGACUUCUAAAAUCACUUUCCACCGGUAA